UUGUUGACGUAUAAAGCAAAAUAACAAAAAACUUGCUUCAAUUCAAUCGGCAACAAGAUUUUGGUCUUUCCUUUUACCCCUUUGUCUUCUCAUUCUCUUCUUCUUCACAAUCAAACUCCCCAAAUUUCUUUUCAAUUACGUUUCUCCAUCAAUUUAGCUUCAAAACAACCCUAAAUUCACUUCAAAACUCCACAAUCAUCGUCACAAAUCUCUUGCAUUCUCUUAAUUUACAACGUUGAAUUUCACCCUACAUAACGCAAGAUGGAUUGAGAUUGCUUAGCGAACAAAACCCUAAUUCAGAGCUAUGGAAGAACCUCAAGAAGUUCAUACAGAUGAGAAUAGAGCUCUUCAAGAGAAGAAACCGAAGAGAAUUGUCAAGACACGAGCUCAAAUUGCAGCCCUAGAGAACUUCUAUAACGAACAUAAAUAUCCCAACGAGGCAAUGAAAGCAGAACUUGCAGAGUCAAUAGGAUUGACGGAAAAACAAGUUUCUGGGUGGUUUUGUCACAGGAGAUUAAAGGACAAAAAACUACCAAAUGAUGAAGUGGGCCUGCACGGAAAACAAGAUCGGUCAAGUGGUGUCAUACAGGAUCGUGGCAGUGGACUCAGACAAGAUUCAUGCGGCAGCACUAAACAAGGGGAUAACAAACAUUAUGAUUUAAAAGAAGUUGAAAGUAAAAGAUUUACAACUGAACGCCUACCGGUAGAAGUUCCGUUUGACCAUGGAAGUCAACAUAACAAUAUCAUGAACAUGGAGGAUGAUGAUCAUGAUGGUGACGACGAUGAUGAUGACACAUCUUCGGGAAGUAGCUCACCGUUAAAGGAUAAUUUCCAUCAUCAAAAUGUGGACCGAUUAGGUACAUUAGCAUCAAAAUAUCCAACUCUCGACGAUUUAAAAAGUGUAAAGGUCAGGGCCGGCCCAUCAGGAUAUUUAAAGGUGAAAGGUCAGGUAGAGAAUGCGGCAAUCACAGCUGUCAAAAGGCAAUUGGGAAGGAAUUAUAAAGAGGAUGGCCCACCACUUGGUAUUGAGUUUGACCCACUUCCUCCUGGUGCAUUUGAGAACCCGGUCAAACUUCCAGUCAACCAACCCUACUAUGUCGGAGACCGCACUGCACUUCAUCCACUGGAGGGAUCUAAAACUUUCCAACUUCCUAAUGGAAGCAAGAUGCACGAAAGAUACAAUCCAAAGAGCUAUGAUCCCAUGGAUUUAGAUGAAUCAGCAGGUUUAGAGAUAAGACAUGCAUCCAAGUUAUACGAAAAAAGUCAAUACAAGUCAGCACCUCCUAUUUCUAGGCAUAGUAGACAUUCUCUAUCUGAUCGGAGUUUGCAGAUGGCGGUAUUAAACGAUGAUUCUGCUGGAGAAACGUCUGUCCAUGACCGCCAAUUUCAGCCGAGAAUAAAACAUGGUCCAGGAGUAACUCGGCGACCAGAUUCUUUAUCUAAUCAUCAUCUAACUGGCUACGCAAAAAAUUUCGAUGGUAAGAAAGCAGAGAGUUACAUACGUAACGCCCCUCCAAAGGUUAAUUAUAGAGACCGUGUUGAACCUUUGACUUCGGAUUUCUCGUUCAAGCGUGGUGAAGUUCUUCAACUUGAGGACGGAGGGCUGUCCAGAAAGGCACCUAAGGAUGUCGAAUUUAAUAGAGAAAGAAGAGGAAUCGAUGAAUACUCCAAACUGGUUUCUCCAAAAAUUCGUCCCGGAAAUGAAAUGAGGGUUACUAAGAGAAGUAGGGGCGAGUUCAUGCAUCCGAGGAAAGAGGUGUUGGUUGACUUUCCUCCUAUAAUCAACAAGACUAAAAGGUCAACUGCGCAGAUGACCUCUAGUUUUAGUGAUGAUGAAACUGCGGAAACUACUUCUUCAGGUGAUUGAGAAGUUAUCAUGACAUGAAAGUUAUAUCUAGUUGUUUAAUAGUUUAAGGUCUGGGAGGCCGAGGUUUGAAGUUGAAACUGAUCUAUCGAGCUGCUUGAUUUUUCCUUUUGAAGAUGUAUAUAUCAUCGGGUUUUGUCCAAAUCCAUGCUUAUGAAGCUUGAUUGUUUAAUAUUAUAUGUGGACAUAACUUCAUGAUGUUCAUUUGAAGCCUUUUUGUUUAACGGUCAACAUGCUGAUGAAAGUAGAAAAAGAUGAAGCUAUGUGCAACUUAUAUUGCAUGGUGUACCAAAAGUUGUGUUAAAGAUAUGGGAUAGACUACAUUUUAGCAUUUAUUAUUGUGGCAAUGCUUGGUCUGGUU